GCUUUCCUUGCAGAGUCAUCUGGUUUUAGGACUGUUGGGAAAGUAAGCCAGGAUGAACUAGCAGCAUGGGAGCCGCUAGGGGAAGGCGGAUUUUCAAGUGUUUAUAAAACUAAGCUUAAAGGGAAUGAUGUUGCUGUCAAAGUGUUAAAAAAUCUUAAAGAAACAAGAUCUCUGCUUACAGAAGGAAAUCUAUUAAGGUGAACUUUUAAACAUGCUCAUUUUCGCCCCUCCUAUAGAUAAAGUUUAAUGUUACAGUCAUUAGCUUAAAAUAUUAGUAACCUCUCUUCAAACCUUUUGUUGAAGUUGAGUGAUUUUAUUUGCCAACUAAAUUUAUUUCAGUCUUUCUUAUGCUUUUAGUCUGUUCUUGAGCCAAGUGGCUCACCCAGCUGAAGCUUGUCCUGAUUUCCAAAUCAACAUGAAGCAACUAGGAGUGUUACCACUUUCCCUGAAUGGGAUGGAAAUCCAUUGCAAGGUUACCCCCCCCCUCCCCCCUUAACAUUUCAUCAGGCUUCCUUAGCAACACCCUGGUACCCAUUUACCUGUAUACUUUGUUUGGAGCACAACAUUCUCUUUGCCAAAGAGCACAACAUAUUGACCCAGCCAGGUCUUGAAUUUGGAUCUUUCGACCUGGACUUCAGUGCACGAACCAUUCGUUCUCCACUUCUCCUCUUCUGCUUUUAAUCAAAACUAUAGCAAAAUUCUUGUGAAUGUGAUUAGUUAUAACCAAAUUCUUGAGAACGUGAUUGAUUAUCACUAACCUGAUUUGAGCACUUAUGAGACAGUGUACACAUCAUGCUUGUAAUUGGACAGUGUAAAAGGACAGUUAAAGGGACAGUUAACAGGUCAUGCCUGUGUAAGUGGACAGAACGCGUCAUGAAUAUGUUGUUUUCUCACAUAUGAAAACAUAUCUCCGAUGUCUAGUUUCUUUCUCAAAUUUUGUCAUAGUUUUGAUUAAUUGGUAAUAGGACUUCGUGUCGUCCAAUUCUGUCUGUAAUCACUACACUCAUGAUUAACAAAUCACACUUCUUGGUCGUCCGAUCUUGUUUAUCACUCAUAUGAUUACAAACCGAAUUGGACUGCACUUAGUCCUAUUACCAUUAUUAAUUGUUCUACUGAAUAUCAAAUUAUUCUAGUACUCUCAGUUACAUUUUACUCAAAGUUAAAACCCCUCUUUGGAAAAUUCAUUCUUACUAGCUUCUUUAAAAUUAUUUUAAAUUUUUGAUACACAGAGAUUUUCGGCAUGAUAACAUUAUUGCAUUCAGAGGAAUGAACAUUUUGGAACGUGAUGUCUCAUUUGAGAAUGUUAGUACACAUGAGAAAUUCACCCUUAAAGCAGGAUGCCCUUUUCUGGUGAUGGAGUACAUUCCUAAGAACCUCCACAGAUUUGUCGAGGAUCACAAAACUCCAGAAUCUAGGGGACUUCCUAAAAGUCAAGUGUGGACCAUUGGUAGAGGAAUGGCCAAUGGCUUGAUGUACCUACACAGUUUGAAUCCUCCAAUAAGCCACAGGGAUUUAAAACCUGACAAUAUACUGGUGAGAUUCCUGUAGAAAUCAUCUGUUUUAGACUUCAGUCAGAAAAAAAGAAGACAGACUGUGGCUUAAUGAAAAAAUGCAAAAAGGGAAAAGAAAUGAUUGAUUAAUUAAUUAGUUAAAAUAGAUCAAAAUGAAAUAAAGAAAAAAAAUCAGCGAGUCAAUUUUUUUCUCAAAUUAUUUGGAUAUAUGCUGCACGACAAACACUCAAGGGUUUAUAGAAUCACUCUUACCGGAAUUUUAUUACCUUUUUGAGACCUGUUUGCCAGGAAAAGAAAACAUUGAAUACAUUUGAAUAUAAACAGAAGAUAAAAAAUAGACGAGUUGAAAAAAUAUUGAAAAACUUUGAUGCUACAUCGGCCAAUCUUUAAGCUGUGAAACAACUCAGUCAGUAUCUCUAGAAAACAUUCAAUAAAUAUCAUCCUGAUUAUUCCCUUAUUUUUAAAUCAUAAAUUAAUCAAGUUGGAAAUCAGAAGCUUGCGGGUAAAACUAGCAGACUUUGGCUUAUCAAGAACAAUUGAGAGGAGUGACAAUGAUCUGUCUUUGUUCCAUGCACGCUGGACAGCACCUGAUGUGUGGGAUGAUUACAUCACAGCUAAUGAGUAUAAUAAAGAAGGUAACAUUGACCCUUGAUCAGAAUUUUUUCGGUUUUGGUGUUCAUUGCAGUUAGCAGUUUUCCGUUUUUGGUAUUCGUAAAAAACACCAAUGGGUUUUUGGAUUUGGUAUCCGAUGUGGUUUUCGGGUUUUUUCCUAUUUGGGUUCCGGUUUCCCUUCGAUCUGAGCGGCAAAUAUGCACCACCACUGAUCUUGAAUGCCGCAAAACCUCUGUACGUUCCACUUAUCACCACUGUAUAGGAUUGAUAAGAGUUUUGAUAACUGGUACGUAAAAAUUUAUCAGUUUUGACGGUUUCGCAAGCAGUUUGCGGUUUUGAUCCCAUUCUUUAGCGCUUUUGAAUGAUUUUUUUCUACGGUUUUGCGUUUUCUAAUAGACCCCAAUGCACCCCCUCCUUCACUUGAGUGAAAACCUACGCUGCAUGACUUAAUUUCCUCCAAAUAGCUGGUGAAAUAUUACUAGUAAUGAAUGGUUUUUCAUCCAGAAUGAGUACGUUAGCAUAACAAACAAACUGCUACUUUCUUCACCCAGAACUGACAGACACAACAGAAAAUGAAACCGUGGAAGAAGAGCACACAGGGUUUGGUGACGAACUUUUUUAUCUACGCGCUGACAUCUACUCGUAUGGACAAGUAGUAGCCUAUACGUUAACAGGAAAUACACCGUGGCAGGGUACAAACUCUGUUAGUGUACUAGGUAUUCAAAACAACUUGAUAAAGAAGGAGGACAGAGUGGAGUUGCCCGAAGAACUGGGUGGUUUAUUGAGAAAAGUUAUCGAGGACUGUCGUAUGGAAAAUCCUGAGAUGAGACCAACAGCAGACGAACUGGUUUCGGAGUAUUUUAGUGGUAAAGUUUCCAAAAGUUAAAUUUACUUUCAUUUACUCUCACUGGCAAUUGUUGCUUAUAGAUAUACUUCUCAACGAAAACUUCUUCACUCUCUUUACGCAGUUAAAACUUAACUGAUUAUCUACGAAAACUUGUGGGACCAGAAUUGUUCUUGUCAAGUCAAUACACUGGUAAAUUUCGUCGUUUCAAAUCCAACGGCAAAGGGAAAAACAAGUCAAAAUAAGCCAAACUAAAAUUUUCUUGACCAGGAACUGCGUGCCAUGAUUAAACAGAACAAGCACUUUAUACACGAGCUAUUGGAAUUCCCAACCAACUUUUGAAUUUGCAAUCGUGUUUAGUGCCAAUCGGAAUGUUUGAAUAUCUCCUUUGAUUCGUCAUUUACUGGAUUAGAAAAGUUAUUCUGCCCUGCUUAAAAGAUUUAAGCGUUUUUUAUCCAUUUCUUUGUCAUUUUGCAAUAGUUUUUUUGUUCUUAUUUUUAUUUUAUCGUAUGCAAACAUCACUUUCAUCAUCUAAAUGUAAAAUUGUUAAUCUUUAACACAUGGCUUACCAGAGUUUUUUCUUGAAGGUGAUGUUAACCCGUACCAAACCGAAGCCAAAAGCGCUGAGUUCUUUUCCUGUGGGUUCCUCCAGAAUACUUAUGUCUUCGUUGCUGAGAGCUUGGUGGACGAGGUAAUGCCGCGGUAGUAAUUAGUGGUAAUGGAGUAGUGGUAAUUAGUGCGGGCAGGUGUUGUAUUAUUUGUUUCGAUGCCUAAGCUGAGCCCUACUAUUUUUAAGUUUUUGUUUUGUUUUGUUUUUAAUAAUAUCUAUGUUAGCGUACAGAGAGUGGUAUGUUGCUCGCACCAAUCAGAUCGUUUAGGGAAUGUAUCUCGCACCAAUCAGAUCGCCGCACUAGGGUAUGUAUCUCGCACCAAUCAGAGCGUCGUUUUUGUUCUUUGGUUUGAGAGGUGUUCAACUUUCAACGAAGUAAUGGGGGAUUCGGAGAGAACGGUUGGCAAAUUGGAAUCGUCUUUUAGAAUGCUAGCUUUUCUGUGUCUUUAACGUGUAUUUUACCUCGCUCUAUGAGAAAUGCGAUACUACUGGACAGAUGAAAGAUAUCAGAUUACUUGUAAUAAACUUGUUACUCAUGCUGUGAAAACGGUGGAAAGUUGCUCGAAAGAAAAUGGAGCUCUGUGCACUGUAGCACGAUCAUGGUUAUUGUUCCUUCCCGACGAGAGUGAGAGCAAAAAUUAUGAAUCAAAUAUUGCUUGAGGUGUUGAUGAAUUGCACCAAAUAUUUUGAUUUGAGCAGUUCUUUAACGGCAAGCUGUGUUGCAAGAUUCAUGAUUUGUUGAGUGUGUUGAUUAUAUUUUUCUGGAUUGGUUUGCUCGGUGCUUUCUCCAGAUGAAUGUCCGAUUAAAAUUAACAAUGGACGAUUUAGUGUAUGUUUUCGAUGUCUGGAGAAAAUGAUCUUGUGGAGUCGUUUGUGUUUGGCCAAGGACGAAUUCAGAUACUAUCGUUUGCAUGUUUAUUUGAUUUUGUUAUCUGGAAUGAAUGAUUUACGGAGGUAAGUAAAUAUGAUGUGAUCUACUAACGUCGAAAAUGUAUCGAGUCGAAGGAACAGUUUUGGUCUCGGUCCACAUUUUUGUCGACAAAAUAAACACAUACCACUUAAAAAGAUGUUAGUGCGGACCAUGUGCAAAGCUGUCAAAUAUUUCUCGAAUGUUGCGCCUGUUGAAUAUUCAAUAGUGACAUCUCAUUUACUUCUACAUCUACAUCUAUUUUUAUUACGUUAUUAUUACAGACAUCACACCAACCAACUCGCGUGCAAAGUGAGAAGACAACAGGAAGGCUUGAAAUUAUGUUAAAAUCAAUUUUGAUCAAGAAAUGGGCCAGGAAUAUUCCAACCACAAUAAUGAAAAUAAUCGUGAAAGCUGAUCGCGGAAAAGCGAUGACGCUGGGCAAGUUAGAAGAUGACAUGUUAUCACAUACCAGACGAAAAAAUCCUUUAGAUUCUCAGUCUACAUUUUGUACCUAGUACCUAGUAUCCGGUCUGCAGUCUGCAUUUUGUACUAACAGGUAUCUGUGGCACCAAUACAGUUUAUUUUUGUCACAGUUAUUCGCACAACACACACAAUCUACCACAAAAUACCUGUGUGUGAGUUAAUUCGAUAUUUUCGUUCUUUUCCGUGUUAAUACUCUUCUUUCCUUCUGUAAAAAUGUAGACAUAACUUACAAUGUUUCAAGUAAUCCACCCACCCCCAAUAAAUAACUCUUGCAUGCAUGGCAUGCCUACAGUACAUGAUAUCCUCACAACUUCGUAAAAGGUGAUGGGUUGGGACUUUCAAACCCUGGCCUUGUUGGUGUCUCACCUGAAAUUUUGUAAACGCUGGAUAAAGUUGAUUUUCCUUUGGACGAAUUUGUGGUCUUUUGCCCAGCAACAUUGUUGUGGGUUGGUACUUUCAAACUCUGGCCUUGGCGUAUCACCUGAAAUAUUGUAAACUCUGAACAAAGUCGAUUUUCCCAUCGACGAACUUGUGAUCUUUUGCACAGCAGCACUGCUAUUUCCGCAGUUUUUGAUGGCUUAGUAAUAUUUGCGUGGGAUUAUUGGCGCUGCGGCAGGAGUGUUUCUUCGCCAGCGAGAGGUCUGUGAGGGGUCUGAAACUAAUUUUAUUGGUGCCAGACCCAUUUGCAGACAGCGCGCUUUGCUCGAUGCCUGAAGCUUUCCCGUGGGAGUUGAGACGCUCUUGCCUCCACGCUAAUAAUGAAGGUCAGCUCGUUGGCUGCUUACACUAAGCUUCUCCGUCUUAUCCUAUGUAUGUCUUGAUUGAUUUGUCCUCUUUAACCAACAGUCCAGUGAAGGGUAUUUUAAGACAGCAGUUCGUCCCCAGGGAUUCCCCCCUGAGUGUCUGUUGUACCCUGUAGAGGUUGGCAAUAAGGAGUACAACGACGUGCCAAAGGAGUGGGUUUAUGAACGGAAGUAUAGGGAGCACUACGGAAGAUUUAGGCAGGUACAUAUAUGAAGACAAGAUUUUGCAUUGACAUAUGGUUUUUUGUACGUACAAGAUAGGACGGCGAAGAAAAACAGCUUCAGACAAUGGAAAUUACAACAACGAGUGCCUCAAAAUAAAUUAGCUUCUCUUUUUUUCAUAAGAACCUUUUUUUUAUUAGAACAUUCAGGCCAGCACCUAAUAUUCUAAUAUUUCCUUAUAUUAUCACUGCUGACUCAACCAUUAAGGUUAUGAGAGUAAAGGAGUUCCGAAUCGUUAAAAAAUUCUCCCUUUCGUCACCAUAAAAAUGUACAGAGAACAGAACAGACGCUUGAUUUGUCCCAGUGUUCUUGCAGUUGAUAAGGUGUUAAAUUAAACUUCUUAUAGAGAUUUCUCCUCAGGGAAGGGUCCAGGGAAUUUUGAUAAGUGGUGUCCAAACGCUGUGCCUCAAUAUACACAGGAAUUUGUUGUUCUUAUAGAUAAGCUAAGCAAUAUUACAAGACAAGUUGAUAGUCUAGCAUUUAAAGAUACUUUAUAUUGUAAAAUUAACAUGCAAUCUGUCGUUUCAAGAAUUUUGGAUUCGUUAGAUGGUUAAAAAAACCCUUAUGUAGGGGAAUGCCGGACCUUUUCUCUGGAUCUGUCGCAGCUCUUGAAUGAUUUUCUUUGUGUGCGUCUAGGAUGCUAUCGACAAAAAGAUCGCAGACAAUCCUUCCAUUGCCCUCAAAACAUUGAUUACCUCUCAGGAGGAGGAAGAAGAAAGACAAGAAAUACAACUGAUGUUUGGACAAUCAACCUACUGUCAUCAUAGAGCCGUUCGGGAGAUCUGGAGGAACCUAGAAGACUCUAAAAAGAGAGAGUUUGUUGUGUGUAAGACCACGGUCCAUCCGGUAUUCAGCACAUCUUUCGGCCUCCAUGUCGCUGUCCUGACCGCGGACAAACCUCGGAAAUUUAUCUUCGGUAAAAGGGCUAAUCGAGGUACCUAUUUUGUUCAAACACCCUUUUUGGCCUUUUGUUAAGAGUUCUGUAACUGUUUACGAGUUUAGAUUUUGAUUAAAAGGAAAAUGAUAUCUGACUCCAAUACAUCUCCAUUUAAAGCCACCCAAAUAGAUUUUUAUGUACGGACCAAAAUGUACGUAUCGAUAACAAAACAACCAAACGACCGCCAUUACACAAAACAUUCCGGGUCACGAAGGUCGCGUGAUCCAUAGGGCGGGAAAAUCUGGCGAACAGGGAUCCCAGCUGCAGGUAACAAGAUUGUUUUUUUCACACCAAUCCUUGACUAAGAGAGGAAAAAGGUUUUCCACGAGCCUAUUCCACCGAUGAUUUUAGUCAAUUCCCCUCAAAAAUAUUUAAUGUUGAUUAAGUAGCAGUUGUCAUUUCAAUCAUUAUCAGCUGAACAACAAGCCACCACAACAAAUUUGUUUAUUGAGGUUUACAUGUAAUGAACUCGUGUCCCCUUUAUGCAAUCCCUUGUGUCUUAGCACUGAAUAUGAAUAUUUGAAUUUAACAACACAACACCAACACGAACAAGGUAAGCUAACAAAACUCAAAACUGAGGCCUUUAGAUUUUUGACACACAUCAGCUUUGUUUCAUCUAAGGCCCGUUCUCCUAUUUUUUUUUUUUUUUGGGUCCAAAUGCAGAGAAAUUCGCAAUACUUAAUAACGAGACUGUAAACAUAACGAUGAGCAAUCCUAGAAUAGACCAACGAAAAAUGUAGCGCAUAAAAUAUUGUUUAUUUUUUCCCUCGUUAUUUUUCAGAGGGAAUGCCUACCCCAAGCAAGUUUACCUGCGGGGCUGUGGAAAGUGUUUCAGUCAAGGACUACGUCUAUAAAGACGGCAAGCCUUACGUGAAUCUAAUUCAGACCGCCGUGAGAGGACUGGAAGAAAAGCUGCGAGUAGAGUUGAAAGGCAGCGACAUUAAGGCUCUUUGCCUCACAACCGUGUACCUCAAGUUCGACACGCAUGAAUGGGGUUGCUGUGGUUACGUGGACCUGUCGGAUGAACGAGUGGCUCCCGAGAGGCGACUAACGUUCGAGCAGCUCGGUUCUCGGUUCACGAUGGGCCCUAAAGAUAAGUAUGAGCACGAAGAGGUGGUAGCUGUUGACUUCGAACUUUCACGGAUGGUGGAGUUCGUGCGGGAGAAUUACGAAGAUUUUGCAAGCUCAACUAAGCUAGUAGUGGUGAAAGUUUUGCAGUCGUUUUUCGGAGUCGCUGCCGUGGAGAGAGCUUUUCGCGUUUAUCUGGAGGAUGGAAACAAUACUCUCCCAAAGGAGAUUCCGUCUUGA